AAACCUAAGAGCAUCAGGUCUCAUUUCAAUCCCAAGAGAAUAGUUUAGGUAACAAGCCGCUAAUCUCUCUCAAGAAGGGAGAGAACAACCCACUCCUCUGCAAAUUCACCAAAAAGAGAAAUGGGUUGUGGAGAAUCGAAACAUGAUGUUGCCACUGGAAACACCGUCACCCUUAAGAAAUCCGACACAGGAAGCAAAAAUUGCAAAGGCACAGAAUCCUUCAUUGAAGCAGCAUCAAAUGAUAAGACAAACACAAACACAUCUGUGCAAAACCAAGAGAGGGAGAUUAAUGUGGGCAAGGGCACUGAAGAUGGACAGAAUGUGAAGGAUAUAACCGAGGACACAGAAUUAAAGGGAGGAGAAAACAAAACUGUUGCUUCGGAACUUGCAACGUUUGUAUCUAAAGAGUCACCAAAUCAUUUCUUCUCGUCAAGGAAAGAUGAAGAAGCCAUUGAUGCUGAGGGAAGGUCUGAGAAGUCUGAGUAUUGUUCUCCGCGACAUGAAGAUGGGAAGGAGAGUUUGUUCAAUGAGAAUGUAGAAGCUGACAUAGCAGUUGAGGAAAAAUUCAUAAAACAACCCAAAGAAGAAACAGCAAAUGGAGAGGAUAUAAAAAUGAGGGAAGAGAAUUUGGUGAAGGAACCAGAGGCAUCAACAGCCAUUGAAGCAGAGGUUUCUAUACCAGAAGAAAAAAAUGGUUUCAGCACUGAGAAGGUACCUUAUGCAACUUCAGUUUAAGUUCCUUGGGACGCACAUGAUGAAUUGAUCAUAUUAAUAAUUUCCAGCUGCCCAGCAAGCUAUUCAUCUUUACAAAAAAAAGUUUUC